AUGACGAACCAGACCGUCCUCGACACCUUGUCGCAACUGUCCGACAACAUCAAAGUCACCUUCCAGCUCAUCGGCCGCCUUUCCAAACUCUCCUUCCAACCAGGAUCCACGCCGCUACAAGGAGACGGUGACGUCCGUAUCGAGCUUGCCCACGACAUCCGUGACGCCCUCAAACAACACGACGACACACUCGACACAGUCCGUCAGGAGAUAGAAGACGUCGUGGAAUUUGGCACAUACUCUCAGCGCCGCCGUGACAGCCUCAAAGACAGAGAAAGAGCUCGCAUUGCCGCUCAACUAGCCCGUCUCGACGAGGACCUGAAGCAGUACGUUCACCUCUCGACUCCUCCUUCUAUCCAUAUUGUACUCAUUAUGUUCCUAGCNGCUCGAAGCCAGUUUCGUGCCGCCCAGCUGUCGUCGAAACGUGCCUCGGAAGCUGCUAAGCAAAAGGAACGCGAGAUCCUCUUCGCUUCUUUACAACAGCCCCUCGAGCCCGACUCAACCUCGUCCACUCCUGAUCCUUUCGCUUCCCGCCGCCCUCAACCCAAGCAACUCACCCAGGACGAGCUACUCAUCAACGCUUCAACCGACGUGACCUCCGCUCUUCGCCGCACACACAACCUGCUUACCUCUGAGCUUUCUCGUUCGCGCUUUGCACAAGAGACUCUCGACCAGUCCACAGCAGCCCUCGCUGAUCUAGGUGAGCGUUACACCGAUCUUGAUUCUCUCCUCAACAACAGUAAAAACCUCCUCGGAACCCUUGUGAGAAGUCANAAAAGUGACACUUGGUAUCUUGAAACUGCCUUUUAUAUCCUCGUCACCACCAUUUGUUGGCUGGUUUUCAGAAGACUGAUUUACGGUCCCGCUUGGUGGUUCAUCUGGCUGCCUUUCAAGUUCUUGUUGCUCAAGCCAGUCUAUCUUCUUUUCGCCGUUCUCGGCAUCACCGGUGGGUCUUCAGCUACUGCCGCAGUCUCUUCCGUGUCGCCAAGUGUUUCCGUACCACCAACCAUACGUAUUCAACCUAGCGCUUCAGGUGAUCGACCUACAUUCCGCAGAGGUAUGGAUCAACGCCCAGCAAACGUCGUGCCAGUUGGAGGCGGUGGUGCAAAGGCUGGUUAUGAUGGCCGACCUCAAGAUCCAAGUCCCGAUGGCAGCAUGUCGCAAAGCAUUGGUCAGAUGGCAGAAGCCAGUCGUGAGCAGGCAGUACCUCAGAAGGAGGAGCAACAAGAGCCAAAGCAGCCUCAGAGAAGAGGAGAUGGAACAAUACUCCAAGAGAGAGGCGAUAUUCCUCGCAAUCCCAAGAAGAAAGUCUGGGAAGAAGACGUCGAAGCAGCCAAGCAUCAGAUGAGGAAAAGAGAUGAGCUCUAG